GCCACGGACCGCUGGUUCUGUACUUUCUUUCACUCUUCUUCUCUGCUCUUUAUUUCUCCUUUAAUGGAUUCCCCGAUACUCUGCGAGAUUCCUUCCCAUUCACACACUUCCCCAUUGUGUACCAAAGGCGAUGCCUUUUGUAAGGUGCUCGGGCUACCCAAUAACCCAGAGAAUAAACGGAAAGCCAAGGCAACUAUUAGCAAGAGCCCCUUCAAAGUUGUCUACCACCGCGAUCUUGGGCCGUCCAUUCCUAUCCCAAUGGCUCCCCCUGCCAUAUCCAAUGACCCUGAGGUGUGGCUGGAAUAUCCCGAUACCGAUGAAGAGGACGAUUUUCAGCCUGCCAACUAAAAGAAAAGAAGUCCAUGCUACGAAAGGAAUUCAAUGCUCCCCACAAACUGUUGUCAAUCGGAGAUUAAGUAGAGGAAGGCAACUUUUGAAGGAAGCAAGCAUGUAUAUCCUAAAAGCAGUUAUGACCGUUGAGGAGUCCAAUCCGGAAGACGUGCACAUGUAUGCCAGACAUCCGUGGAACUUCAGAAAUUCUUCGAACAUAUUUUCCAAACCAUUAAGUGCCGUCAAGCUCGACCAUUUCCAGCUGGAUGUGCCCUUUUUGUCUUACUUGUUUUGCUUUCCUUUUUGUGUCUCUUGUUUGGAUCUUCCGCUCUUUGCACUUCGCGUGCUUUAUUUUAUUUUGAUGAUAGAUUAGACCAUCGCAGAUAAAAGCGAUUAAUUCUUUUUUCGAAAUAAAAACAUAGUUUAUAACUCUAG